GUUCAUGUAAACAGCAGGACUGAGAUGUAAUGAUCAACCGCUUGUUCUUUCUCAGAGUAGCCAUUAUAGUAAAUUUUCAAAACUUACUGUGUCAGAAAGCUAAGGAUAUGUUCAUAUAUGCAUAAAUACAUACAAGAGCAAAUUUACACCUUGGUAAUGUGAGAACAAGUGGCGAUAUACUUCUUCUCUUCUUUUUGUCACUAUGAUGAACACUUUUGGAAUUUGUUCCAUGUCAAUCUUUUUCUCCUUGAAGUUUUCUGGAAUCUCCUAGUUCCUUCUGUAAAGGAAGAUAAGACAACCACACGCAGACCUAUUAUCCUCAUAUAGUGCUGUCUUGGAAUCCAAUACCUUCCCAUGAUGCUGUCCUGUCUCUUCAUCGUUUUGCCCUCUUUUUAUAUGCGUUGUUGCAAAAGCUAAAUACUCAACUCUUGUUCUGUAUCAAACCGCAACCUGUUUGAAUAGCAAAGAAGAAGUUUGAUUCUUCAUAGAUGGUAUCAGAUUAAUAGCAGCUUCCUUUGUUGCAAGACUUGGGUUUCCUAGCACUUUCUCUUGCAUCGUGUUUAGCUGUCAAUUAAAGAGCAGGACGGACACAUGGAUCAACUACAACAGGGUGAUAAGAAUCUGACUGUGUUCGUAGGACCCUGGGGAGGAAAUGGAGGAACCGAUUGGGAUGACGGGAUCUAUCAUGGUGUCCGCGAGAUCAAACUCGUAUAUGAUCAAUGCAUUGACUCCAUCUCUGUGGUCUACGAUAAGAAUGGGAAACCUGUAAGAUCAGAAAAGCAUGGAGGUCAGGGAGGCAACAAAACAUCAGAGAUAAAGCUGCAAUACCCAGAUGAGUAUCUAAUUGGUGUGAGUGGUUACUACUGGCCAGUGGUUCACAGUGGCUCUCCUGUGAUCAGAUCAAUUACCUUCAAGAGCAAUAAACAAGUGUAUGGACCUUAUGGAGUUGAACAAGGAACACCCUUCACUUUCUCAGUCAAUGGAGGGCGCAUUGUUGGCAUCAACGGUAGGAGCGGCUGGUACCUUGACUCCAUCGGCUUCCAUCUAUCACGCCCUAAAUCAACAAAGAUGAUUCACAAGCUUCGAAAGAAGAUUCAGUGGCUCACAAGAAUUGUAGCAUGAGAAAGUCUUUUGCAUAGAAUAUAACAUUUCUGCAUUAAACUGUAAUGUUAGACUCUACUAAUAAGGAUGUUCCUUGUUAGAUGUAUGAUACUUAGUCAAUGAAACCAAAAGUGACUCAAAAAG